AGUGAAUAUUAAAAACAUAGAUGAGAAAAAUAUGUAGGAUUAACGCGGUAUCAUCCGGCGAUUCACGAUGGAACGUGCCAUAAUGGACUUGCAUCGGUUUAAUCUUGACGAUAUGUUCGAUCAGUGUGACGUUCGUAAUGCCGUUAAUACGGUUAGGAGAGGACACAAUGAAUGCCAUUAGAUAAUAUCGUUAUGUUGGGCAGUACUGGAUACGAUCAAUUGAUAGCCUGUGUUCGACAGUGUUCUUCGCAUAGCGCGCUGGGAAGCGUCUUAUACGCUGCUAGCAGACGACAUAUGCUUUGGAUAUCAUUGACACAAAAACAUAUUUGACAAUCUUUCAAUAAUUAUAUUAGUGAUUGGUUCCUGCGAAAUGUCAUCGCCAACACAAGUGAUAAAAAGUGUUGGCCCAAAAUUAGUUCCAUUUUUUAAAAGUGUGUCUGUAUAUUUUGUACUAUUAGCAGAGCAGCCGUCUUUAUUAACAGCAUGUUUCAAAUGUUUGCCAAUAAUAAGUCUUAUCGUCUUUGUGUUGUUACAUGGAAUUAGUUUAUCCAAAGAGUAUACCUUUUCUAGACGUAUUUUAACAGGUUUAGUCUUCAGUUGCAUAGGAGAUGCUCUGCUAGUAUGGCCAAAUUGUUUCAUUGCAGGAAUGUGCAUGUUUGCUAUUGCUCAAAUCAUGUACAUCUAUGCAUUUGGUUUUAAGCCAAUAAAUUUGCUACUUGGUGCUAUAAUGUACACAUUAUGUUCCCUAGUCAUAUGUCUUUUAAUGCCUGGUCUAAGUGGUAUUCUAGUCAUAGGUGUUCCAAUUUAUACAGUGUUAUUAACUACAAUGGCAUGGAGAGCCAUCUCGCGAGUACAAUUUUUUGAGGAAUUAUGGACAUGGACAAAACUAUGCAGCUGUGUUGGCAGUAUAUGCUUUUUAAUAUCUGAUACACUACUUGGAAUCCAUUAUUUUCGUAAUCCAUUACCCUACUCUCAGGUGUCUAUCAUGUUGACAUAUUAUACAGCUCAAUUAGGAAUAGCUUUAAGUGCAGUAGAUUCAAAAAAUAAUUACAAUACAGUUAAUAGUACAAAGCCCGUUAAUAAAAUCAGAAAAUAGAACAGUUAUCUUUUAAAAUGACAAAGAAGAAUAGGUGGCAAUGAAUUUUAGAAGUAUAAAAAUAUUGUUGUUUAAAUUGAUAGAUGUAGAAUAUAUAUCUUCAUUAUCAGAGAUGUUACUUUAUAUGUAGUAAAGUUUUUCUCUCUACUAUAUAAUACUGAUGAUCUAUCACUGCCAAUAAUAUAGGCAUGAAUUUAUCUUCACGCAGUGUCACUUUAGAUAUAAUACUAUAUCACAUAUAUGAUGAAAGAUGUAUUUGAAAAUAUCAGUAUAUUAGUGAAUGUAUCUGGAGAUACUUUUAUCCACUGAAUCGAUGUAACUAAUGCAUCUAUUGUUAUAUCCACAUGCACGUUUGUGUAUGUGUAAUCGUUACAUAUGUUCAUUGUUAUAAUAAUAGCAAAUAUCUGUCUUGACGAGUAAUGCUACUCUUCAUGAGCUUAGUACGAACUAUUCUUAGUUUAAUGACAGUAAACAUCUUUUUAUCCUUUUAAAAAAGUAUAUAGACAUUGCAAAUACUUUCUUCUAGUAAAAUUGUUGUUAUAUAUAUUUUUAUGAAAACAAUGCUUAUUAUUCGAUUAUUGAUACUAACAUAAAGUCAUGAUUUUUCAUGACAAGAUCUCUAUAAUUAUGUAUAUCCGCAUACAAUUUCUUCGGACCAAUACCAAUUGACAUAGUACUGUCUAGUAGACAGUCUGUUACACUUACCUUACACUCAGUGUGUAAUUCCUGCAUGACAUAAUAAUGAAAAGCACUAUAUCACAACUCUAAAUGGUACAAUGAAUCUGUACAUUUUAAAAAGAAUUUUCUAAAAAGAAAUGUAUCAGAUAUUUUGUAUUCUAUAUGGCAACAAAAUUGUGUAAUGUUUGCUCUAUAGACAUGUCUAGAAACGAAAGUAGGACAGAAGAUGAUAGAUUUUCUAUAUAUAAAACUUUAGUUUAUAUAAAGGUGUGAACAGAGAAUAGGACUAAAAAAAUUGAAAAAUUUAUCAUCAAAUGAUAAAUCUAUAAUUAUGAUUUAGCGAAUGACUAAUUUGAGUAGAGUUAUCUCUCAAUAUUCCUAAACAUAUACUAUGUAUAACUAUUAAAUUGUAUUUGGUGCGAAUAUUAUUUGAAGUAUGAAAAAUGAUUUAUAGUGAUUCAACAUUUAUAUGUAUGUACAAUAUUAUAUACGUAUGUAGAACUUAUGUACAUGUAUGUAUGUAUGUAUGUAGUAUUCCUAUAUGUACUCUAGUUCGUAAUUAGUUACUGUGGUGUAAUAUAUUUGUUGAUAUAUCAGAGUAUGUAUAAUAUGUGAUAGAUAAAAUGUAUUUUGAAUAGACAAGAUGGGCAAUAUAUUUUAGUGAUGAUAAAGCAGAAAUACUGCUAAGAUUUCGUACUGUACAAAUCUACGUAUUAAACAAAGUCGUUAGGAUUGUAAUAUACUAUCAUAUAUAUAAUAUACAUAUACAUAUAUGUAUAUAUAUCUAUAUAUUAUAUAGUAAUAUAGCACUGCAGAUUACAAUAUAAUACGACGUUCAUAUCAUCUAUCUUCUCGCUUACUCUUUCACUUCCAACUGCCAUAUAAUAUGUAGUAGAGAAUCAGACACAAUGUCUAAAAAGGUAUAAUAAAGAAGUCUUUGUGAAGAAUUCGUAGAAACUCUUAGUGUCAAAAAUGAAUGCUAUUACGUAUACAAUGUGUUGCACAAUAAAUAUGAUUUCACAAAAUUAA